UCUCUCCACGGUGUUGCUUGCUCGUGUGGUAGGCAUGUCUGUCUCCGGCAUGGACUUGCCUCCGCUCGACACCUCAUCACGCAACCUCUCCGUGCAACCCAUCUUUUGUGGCAUGCUCCUCAAGCGUGGCCAGAAGCGCAAGUCUUGGAAGACUCGUUGGUUUGCCGUCGUGGUCGACAACCAAACGCGGAGCGCGGCCUUGGUGUACUUUGUAACGCGCCAGCAUGCGCGCGGAGGGUCUCGUGGCAAGCUGCGGCUCAAAGCGGCCAAGGGCCUCAUCUCGCUUCGUGGGUCUGUGGUGAGCAAGACGCCCGCAACGAUUUUCAAGCGCAAGCAUACGUUCCACAUCCGAACGCGCAAGGGCAAGGACUACUACUUGGUGGCGGCAUCUGCAGUGCUGCAGGCUCGGUGGCUGGCAGGCCUUACUCGGGUCAGCGGCUCGUCGUUGGACGACGAGCUGGUGGCGAUGGUGUGCAAAGACGUGGAGAUGGCGCUCAACAUGGAAGUUGCUGUGGGCGGGCGGUCUGCGCCGGGCUCGCCGAACACGCCGCUCACGCCGCUGCUCUCGCCGACAUCCGAGUGGCCGGCGGAGACUGACAAUGUGCUGUACUUGGCCAACUCGCGACAGAGCUCAUUUGUGCGCAAGCGAUACACGAUGUGUGAUUUUGAGCUUCUCGCCAACCUGGGCUCGGGUGCAUUUGCCAAGGUCGUGCUUGUGCGUAAGCUUGACUCUGGCAAGCUCUACGCCAUGAAGAUGAUCUCCAAAUCGCGGCUGAAGAAGGACAAGCAGGUUCAGCACACGCUUGCCGAGAAGGAGGUUCUCGGCAAGCUCCAUCACCCGUUUAUCGUGCAGAUGCGGAUGGCGUUCCAGUCGGUGACCCGUCUGUACAUGGUGCUCGAGUACGCCGCCGGCGGCGAGCUCUUCUACCAUCAGCGGCAGCAGGGCCGGUUCUCGACGCCGCGGGUCCGGCUUUACGGCGCGGAGCUUGUGCUCGCGCUGGAGGCCAUCCACGACGCCGGCUUUGUCUACCGCGACCUCAAGCCGGAGAACAUUCUCCUCGACGCCGAAGGCCACGUCAAGGUCACCGACUUUGGCCUUGUCAAGCAGAUUUCCGACUCGGUCUCGGGCGCGACAACCUUUUGCGGCACGCCCGAGUACCUGGCGCCCGAGGUGAUCAAGGGUCAUGCCUACGGCCUCGCUUUUGACUGGUGGAACCUUGGCAUCGUCCUCUACGAGCUGUGGUGCGCCAACACGCCGUUCCUCGGGCGGACAGACCUCGAGGUGUACGAAGCCAUUCUCGCCGGCAAGAUCGGGUACCCGUCGUGCAUUCCCGACGAUGGUGUGGAGCUCUUGGAGGCGCUCCUCUGCCACGACCCGAUCGAGCGGCUUGGCGGCGGCCGCCGCGGCGCAUCCGAAGUCAAAGCCCACCAUUUUUUCGCGCCGCUCGAUUGGUCGCGUGUCGCCCGCCGCGGCUACACGCCCGAGUUUGUGCCGCCGACCGCUGUCCUCGACGACGCGCUCAACUUUGAUCCCGAGUUUACCAAGGAGGCCGUCUCGCCAGGCGACGCCGAGUUUACCCCCGCCUCGUCCGAGCAGCGCGCCUCCGAUUUUGGCGGCGCCUUUCAGGACUUUUCCUACGUCUCGCCCUCCUCGUUUGAUGACGACUGCACCGAGCCAUCCAAGUUUAACGUGCUCGAGUCCUCGUUCCAUCGUGUCGACAAUGACGACGACGACUUUGAUUCCUCGUUACAGCUGCCCCUCUCGCCCAGUGCGCCGGACGCGCCGGAUUUGCCCAAAUGGGACGUCCAGCCCAAGCUCCCGUCGCUCCUUACCAAGUCAUCGUCCGACUUUGGCUUUAGUGGCGUCACCUCGGGCUCGAGCUCGGCCAUGCUCUCCAAUCUCACCACCAUGUCGUCGUCGACUCUCAAUGAGUCGGCUGCGGCCAAAGGGCGCGCUCAUGUCGUUGAUAACGAAGCCAAUCUCGCCGACGACGGCCGCCAUGCCACUCGCCGCCACACCGCCAAGGCCAAGGCAAAAUCCAAGGACAAGGACAAGGCAAAGUCCAAGGACAAAGCAAAGUCCAAGGCAAAGGCAAAGGCAAAGGCAAAGUCCAAGGACAAGGCAAAGUCGAAGAGACGCCCGGAUGCCUCGACGCCGGCAACGCCGCUGCCGUCGGCCAUCCCGAUGGCCUCGUAAGUGUGCAAGGCACUCUUGCGGGACUGAUUCAUGGCAGAUUCAUCAAACACUCUGUAGUCUC